GCGGGCCGGGCUGGAGGCCCUGGGUGCCCAGUGGACGGGACGCUGCCAGCAGGCCUCUUCUGUCCCCCCGUGCAGCCCCCGGCCAGGAUGGAAAGGCAGGGCCCGGCAGGCCCCAGGCUCGGGGCCGGAGCCGCGUGGGCAGGGGAUGCGCCUUGUGCCAUCCAGGAGUCGCCGAGCUGGGCAGCGAGGCGGCAGGUCAAGCAGGAGCCGGCGGAGGAGCCGGGCCAGUGCUGCGGGGAUCGGUGGCAAGAGGGGCUACCUGCCCUGCACCCCUCUGCCCCAGUGACAACGGAGCUGCCACCGGGGGACGAAAACCGCCUGAGCCCAGAGAUGCGGCGCCGGCGUUUCCGGGGCUUCCGCUACCAGGAGGCCGCGGGGCCGCGGGAGGUGUGCGGCCGGCUGCGGGAGCUGUGCCGGGGCUGGCUGGAGCCGCAGCGCCGCAGCAAGGAGCAGAUGCUGGAGCUGGUGGUGCUGGAGCAGUUCCUGGCCAUCCUGCCCCGGGAGAUGCAGAGCUGGGAGUGGGGGCGCGGCGUGGAGACCUGCGCCGAGGCCGUGACCCUGGCCGAGGGGUUUCAGCUGGGACAGGUGGAGGACGAGAAGCUGCAGGUCAUAGUGCGUGUGAAGGUCGAGGACGACGCCGUAGACGGGGCAGGACAGGACGAGACCCCAGGGUCCCUGCAUGAGCCACCUUGUUUCCCCACGGAGGGGCCCCCGCCCCUCCAGGAGUCAGGACAUCGAGGCCCCACACCAGACUUGAUCUGUCACAUCCAGCAAGACGAGGCAGAGCUCUGGGGCUGUGGCAGUAAUGAACCUGCAGAAAGCACAUGGUCUGUGGGUCCAACCCUAGGGGCUGGGAGACUGAGCAGAGCAGAGCGGUGGCCUCCUGAGGACAGGCUUGCAACUCCUGAACUGGCUGCAACCAGACAACCCUUUCCCAUCUCACACGGACAGAGAAGAGCUGAGCCCCAACCUCUCCCUGCAUUUGGGGAAGGCCUCAAGGGGCAGCGAGACCUUAGUAGCCAGGAGAGCAGGGCUCACAGUGGGGAGGCAAUGUAUAAAUGUGGAGUGUGUGGCCAGAGCUUCAGGGACAAGGACCACCUUUUUGUGCACCAGAGAGCCCACAGGAGAGACACGGACCUGCCCUGUGGUGACUGUGGGAAGAUCUUCCACGACAGGUCACUCCUCCUUAUGCACCAGCGCACACACGCCAGGAAGCACCCUCACCUCUGCCCCAUGUGUGGCAGGAGCUUUGCCUGCUGCUCCCACUUCCAAGCCCACCAACGCAUCUGCCGAGGGGAGAAGCCGUAUGGCUGCAGCGACUGCGGGAAGAGCUUCAUGAAGCAGUGUCACCUGGAGGAGCACCGCCGCCUGCACACGGGGGAGAGGCCGUUCUCAUGCCCAGACUGUGGGAAACGCUUUGCCUGGAGCUCGAGCCUCACCGCCCACCGGCGCAUCCACACAGGGGAGAAGCCGUUCCCCUGCUCCCGCUGUGGGAAGAGCUUCCGGCAGAGCUCGCAGCUCGCUGUUCACCAGAGGGUCCAUACAGGGGAGAAGCCGUACUGCUGCCCAAAGUGUGGGGAGAGCUUCACCUACCAACAUCGUCUCAAAGGCCACCAGUGCCCUGACCCACUGCCCUGAGCCUCAAGUGGGAAGAACUUCCCUGGACAACCAGCUCUUUACAGCACGGGUAUUCAGCCGCGUGCAUGCUAGAUGAGUAGGACGGGGCCAGUCUGGGUACCAGCAUCAGGCCCUGGGGUCUGGCACUGCCAAGUCUCCACCCCAGCUCUGCGUUUGGCCUCUGGGACUCGGUACCACCCUCUUUCCUGCCCCCUCAUGCAGGGAUUGGUUCCUCAGGGCCUGACACCACAACCUCUCACUCCAGUAUCCUGGGAUUGAGCCCUGGGGCCCGAUGUCACCCCCAUGUGGCCCUAUGCUCGGGGAUUGGGCACCCGAUCCAGUGCACAGGGCCUGGGGUUCCCCAUAGAUCCAGAAAUUUGGCAGUGGAGGAGUGAUGCUUCCAUUCGCCCACUACCAAAUUUCCAGUGCCGUGGGCCAGAUGACACGUGGUUGUGGGCCAGAAAACACCCCUGGUUUAGAUCAAUCUGUGUGUGCACAUGGGGAAGAAACCAGACAGGAAGAUUUUCCCCCAGAGCUCCCAGCUCACCCUUCACCAGUGGGUCCUCACUGCAGGGAGACUUGCAGCUGCACUGAGCAUGUGAAAGACUUUGUACAACCAAGGACCCACCCCACCAAGACCUUCACAAUCAACAAGGAGUAGCUGUUGCCAGCUUAUCCCUGCCCCUUCCUGAGCACCAGAGGCUUGGCUGCUCUAUCUGGAGGGGGAAGCUGGUGAUGCGCCCAGCACUAUGCCAUCUGGAGUCUCGGGGCUUUCCAACGACACCAUAGCCGAUGAGAGCUAGGAAGAAGCAAGUCAUGACUACGACUGCUUUUGCUGCCUCCAGUGCAUGUCUUCCUCAGGGAUGUGUGAGCAGACUCAGCGCCACAAGUGCUGCUAGCUCUGCCCCGUUUCUCAUUUGCAUGCAUUUGCCUCUUAAUAAAAGCACGUCCCCGAA